GAUGAGAAAAGGCGGCCUGCCGCUCUAAACCUCACUCCUGCUCGACCCAGUACCUCCGAGUCGUCCUCCUCAGACGGUUCCCUCAAGCCUCGAACUCCCCGCUUCGCCGAGGCCACCUCAGUUCACUCGCCAGUCGACUCUCGAUCGCCCUUUGCCGACCCCGAGAAGUCCCACGCUCCCCAGCCUCAGCCCGCAGACGUCGGUUUUGGUUACAUUGGUAACAACAGCAACCGAGAAUCCAUCCCCGUCCCAAUGACUCCCAAGACGCCCCUCAAGAGCGCCAUGAAGGUGCCUGGAACACCAGCCGGUGCCCGAAACCCUCUUAGCCCGACCUUUCGUGAGGCCGACAUCCUCGAGAAGCAGGAACUGGCAACCGAAAAGGAGCAGGCUCGCGAUGUGAAAAUCAAGGCCCGCGUCCGUAUGGCCAAGUUUGCCCUUCGCGGUGUCAACUUCAGCUGCUCUCUCAUCAUUCUCUGCAUGCUCUCGGCAACUUUCUCCAUCUUCAACGCUACCAGGGCCCUGCCUGACCAGAGCCGGAUGCCGUCCUGGGCCAAGAACACCAAUGCCUGGCCUCAGAAGCUCGUUCUUGCCAUGGCCUGUGUCUCCCUCGCUGCUUGUAUCAUCGUCUUCGCUUCCUACUGCCGAGGUGGUCAUAGACGGGCCGAGAAGGUUGGAACCUAUUACACCCUGUUUGCUAUCGGUUGGUUCAUCCUUUCUUUGAUCCUCUGGGUUGUCACGGCCAUCCUGUUCCAGAACGCAAAGAACAACUCCAACAACAAGGACAUGUGGGGUUGGUCCUGCGUGCAAAACACUCGUUCUGAAGUCUUUGGCGACAAGGUUGACUAUGCACUCAUCUGUCGUCUCCAGAACUGGGCCAUGAUCUGCAUCAUCAUCGAGGUGGUGAUCGAGGUUCUCUGCAUUCUCCUCUACAGCAUCGUCUUCUACCGCUACUACACCAAGCGACGUCUGUUCAAGUCCAUGGACAUGCGAGACCGCGCCCGAUCCGACCUCUACCUCGCCCAGCUCCGCAGUCAGUCGGCUCCCAACACUCCCGGCUUCGCUCCCAAGUCUCCCGCCCUCAGUGCCUACGCCAUGUCUCCCCGCCACCCUCCCGCCGCCUACCAGAGCUUCCCCGCCGUCCACGAGGUCAACGAGAACCCCUUCACGCCCGGCACACAGUUUGCUGAGCCCAAGUCUCAGUUUGCUCCUCAAGAGACCGGCUUCAAGCUUCAGGCUCCUCCCACCAAGGCUCCAUCUGCUACCCCCAAGAUGAGCCAGGGCGGCUUCACUCCUGCUCCCAUGCCUGCACCUGCACCUCCGGCCACUCCUACUUUGCACGUCUCGGAGCACGGCCCCACAGCCACGAAUGAGCCCACCUACGAGGCUGUCCCCAUCCCCGGCGCCUACGGUGGACAAGUCUAUGGUGACCAGUCUCUCAGGAGCCCACCCCCCACGCAAACCACCUUUGGUCAUGCGCAGUAGACAAACAUAGAAAAGGGGGGGUGUUCUUUGCUUGACCUCUUGCUACAUGUUAAGCAAGGAUAGGUCACUUCUGUCCGGCAACGGCUUAUUCAUAUAUUUCAUGCGGCGAUACCACAACACGGCGUUCUGGGCAGGGCUAGGUCAAAGUUACUUUUUGACUCUGAUGCAUUUCUUUAAAUUUUCCUAUGUUAUUUUCUAAUCCACCAGAGAGAUGAGUGAUACGGGUUCCGUAUAUAGCAGACUGGGUGUAUUCUGGUGACACCUGUACGAUUGGGAUUCGGGUUGCUGCAAAAGACGGACGGAUGAACGGGACGGGGAACGAAUAUGUGAGACGAGAUGACAGACAGGGCAACGAGUUACAUACGGUACUUUCGUUUUGUAUCACAGGAGCCCUUUAGGGCGAAACAGGAUAGGUUCAAUCAGGAUUGAGUCUACAUGCG